GGGUUUGGACAAAAAUGGCUGUCAAAUGUUGAGGAAGUGAUCGAUUAUUUGACACAAGGAAGGAUAUUACCAGUAAACGACGCUCCAAAAUGUCGCGAGCAAUGAUUCCAAGCCAGCAGAAGUUAGCUGAAAAGCUAACUAUCCUCAACGAUCGAGGGAUAGGCAUGCUCACACGAAUAUACAACAUAAAAAAGAUGCUUGGCAACAAUGACAACAAGCCACCGUUCCUGUCUGACAAGACCAUGGACUCAGCCAUCAAGAGCAUUCUGAGGAAGUUCCCCCAGUAUGACAUCAAACAGGGGCAGCUGAAUGUCGUCAACACAAUGAAAAGUGAGGUGACCAAGUCCCUCUCUCUGUACUACUACACGUUUGUGGACAUCCUGGACUUCAAGGACCAUGUUGUGGACCUGCUGACCACUAUUGAUGCCUGUCAAGUACACAUGGACAUUACGUCCAGCUUUGACCUGACACGGAACUACCUGGACCUGAUAUCGACGUACGUGUCAAUCAUGAUCCUGGUGUCCAAGGUGGAGGACCGGAAGACGGUGCUGGGUCUGUUUAAUGUGGCGCAUGAGUUCCUGCAUGGAAAAGGUGACCUUGCGUACCCGCGUCUAGGCCAGAUGUUCCUGGACUAUGACAUGCCCAUGAAGAAGUUAUCGGAGGAGUUUGUGCCACAUUCCCGGUUCCUGAUGCCAGCACUGCUGUCGCUGCACGACGUCUACCCUCGACGGAACCUCCCCGCAGAACAGAUGCGGAACCAUCAGUUCCUUAGCCUCCUGUCGGAACCUUCAAAGAUGUCCACUGUCCCUAACACAGACAUGAUUCAGUGUGAAUACCAUUCGCUGGACAUAAUGGAGCGGUGGAUUAUAUUUGGGCUGAUGUUGUGUUACCAACAUGUGUCGGAGGCGAAGGCGUGGGACCUGUGGAAGACGGCCCUCAGCUCCGCCUACAUCAUCCAGCUGUGCCGAGACGAGGUGCUGCACAUACACAGCUACGUCGUCAACUUCUUCGACAGUCUGAAGGGCCACAACAUCCAGCACAAGCGGGUGACAGAAGUGAAGGAGCUGCAGACCCUGGCUCUACAGACAGCCCCCGCGGUGCACCGUGAGCGGCGGAAGUUCCUGCGGACCAUGCUGCGAGAACUGUCCCUGGUGUUUUCAGACCAGCCUGGCUUGCUGGGGCCAAAGGGCAUGUUCGUGGUACAAGGGCUGUCGAUGGCCCGGGAUGAGAUCCACUGGCUGCUGCGACAUGUCGUCAACCCGCCGUCAAAACGUCACAACAUCAAGCUGUCCCAGGAGGACUUCUACGACAGACAGCUCCCGGAACUGUUGUUCUACAUGGAGGAACUGAAAGGGCUGGUGAAGAAAUACAACCAGGUGAUACAGCGUUACUAUGUGCAAUACCUGAUGGGCUACGACGCGGUCUAUCUCAAUCAGCUCAUCCAGAAUCUUGCAAUGUGCCCAGAAGAUGAAUCUGUGAUUCUGUCGUCUUUCUACAACACAAUAUCUGCCCUGUCAGUCAAACAAGUUGAAGAAAAUGAGCUGUUUGACUUCCGCGGACUUCGUCUGGACUGGUUUCGGCUGCAGUCGUACACCAGCAUGAGUAAAGCGGGGCUGAUCCUGAAGGACCACCGCGACCUGGCCCGCCACCUCAACACCGUCAUCUUCCACACCAAGAUGGUCGACGCCCUGGACGAGCUGCUCAACGAAACAGGCGACCUCUCUAUAUACUGCUUCUACACGAACCUGUUCGAGCACCAGUUCAAGCAGUGUAUGGAGUUCCCGGCCCAGCACCGCUUCAGCAUCAUCUUCCCCAUGAUCUGCGGCCACUUCAUGAACGCCACCCACCCGCUGUGUCCCGAGGAGCGGCACUCUAUCGGGACGACCAGCGUCCAGUACGCCCACUGGUUCCUGCGUGAGAUGUCGGAGGAGGUCAACCAGGUCAUCACUGCGAUCUGUGAGGAACAGUGCAUGCUUAGCUACAAGCUGCUGCCGAAGCACAGCGCAGCCGCCAUCCUCCACACCGUGCAGCGCAAGAAGAACAAGGAGAAGAAGAACCGAGAGAUCAAGGAGCCCGAGAAACCAGGGCAGGAGAGCAUCCGCAAAAACAGGGAGAACUUUACCAGGAUGGACAAGCUACACAUGGCGCUGACAGAGCUGUGCUACGCCCUCAACUACUGCAACAUCAUCACCGUGUGGGAACACGGCUUCGUGCCCAGGGAGUUCUUCCUCCAGCAUCUCGAGACGAGAUUCAACAAAGCCCUUGUUGGGAUGAUGAUGUACAACCCAGAGACCAGUGAGAUUGCCAAACCUUCAGAACUCCUCAACGGCGUGCGAGCCUACAUGAAUGUCCUCCAGAGUAUCGAGAACUAUGUUCACAUCGACAUUGCCCGAGUCUUUAACAAUGUCCUCCCCCAGCAGACGCAGGCCACCGACAGCACAGGGGAGAAGACCGUUACAUCCAACUAUACAAACUGGUAUCUGGAGGUUCUCCUGCGCCGGGUGACGGUCAACAUCGGCCAGAUCGUCUACUCCCCCAGCCAGAAGGCAUUUGUGAGCUUGUCCUCGGACGGAGCGGCGCCAUUUGCUGCUGAGGAGUACGCUGAUCUGACAGAGCUACGAGCGCUGGCAGAGCUUAUUGGGCCGUACGGCAUGAAGUACAUGGGCGAGAGACUGAUGCUAAACAUCGCCAGCCAGGUGGACGAACUCAAGAAACUUGUAAUCAUCAACAAGGACGUGCUGAUCCAGCUCCGGACCAGCUUUGAUAAACCCGAAACGAUGAGGGAGCUGUCUAGGAAACUGCAAAAGACGAAGCCCGUUUCAACAUCACAUAAGAACGCGCCGAGCGAUGUGGACAUUGUGUUGAUGAGGAUGACUAUGGUCGGCGUGCUGCUGGCGUUCCGGGGACUGGCGCAGGAGGCUCUCAGAGACGUGUUGGGAGACCGCAUCCCCUUCCUGAUGGGCUCGGUGAAGGACCUCCACCAUUACGUGCCCAACACGAAGGAUGCCAUGCCUGCCUCUUUGAAAAUCCAGGUCGUCAACGAGUUGGCGUCUUCUGCUGGCCUGACGUGUGCCGUCGAUCCCACCCUCUGCAAUGCCCUCCGUACUCUCAAGUCAGAGCAUGCGGAGGAUGAGUACACGCUGGCCUGUCUACUCAUGGUGUUUAUUGCCGUGUCAAUUCCCAAACUGGCCAAGGGAGAUGCAGCCAAGUACAGGGCUCACUUAGAAGGCCACCGAAACAACAGCCACUGCUUAGCCAAGGGCAUCAACUCCCUGGCUGGAGCACUGUUCACCAUCUACGGCCCCGGAGACGUUGAGGACAGACUGAAGGAAUUCCUUGCACUGGCAUCCUCAAGCCUGCUGCGUCUGGGCCAGGAGCAGGACAAGGAGUCCAUCAAACAGAGAGAGUCGGUCUACCUCCUGCUGGACCUGAUUGUCCAAGAAUCACCAUUCCUGACAAUGGAUCUGCUAGAGUCAUGCUUCCCCUACGCCUUGUUGAGAAAUGCCUAUCAUUCUGUGUACAAGAUGUCUGCCGGCGACAACUGAUUUGUUCCACCUACCACUCUGUAAAUGAGAUUUCAGCAGGAGAUAACUCUGCGUACCACUCUGAUUACAAGAUGUUAUCAGGAGAUAACUGAUUUAUUCUACCUACAGCUCUGACUACAAGAUGUUAUCAGCAGAGAACUGAUUUAUUCUGCAUAUCACUCUGUAUGCAAGGUGUUUUCAGGAGACAAUCAAUAUAAGGUAGAUGAAUAAAGAAAUAUUUGAAAAGUGGACCAAGAUAUAUGGGACUGAGAAAAAUUCAAUAGUUCAGGAUAGCAGAGCAUUUCAGAAAUUGUCGGGAUAGGUCUUCUCCCCAGCUCAGGAACCAAUCAAAAUCUGAAUGGUCGUAAAAUUUGGGGUUUAGAUCCAUAUUUCUUUGAUUCCAUAUUUAUAUUCUAUCCAGUGUGGAUUGCAGCAGCUUGAAUGUAUAUAUGGAAUGCUGAUAGUGUCUUGGGUGUUGGUCCAUCCAGUCACAGGUUGGAUGACUUGUCCCUUGUCCUGGAUGACAGUCUGUUACCUGGGAUGUAUGAACAAGCUGUUGAAGACUUUUAAUGGGGAGAUUACUAUCAUAGUCAAUCAACAUUGCGGUGGACAAAUUCUUGUUUAUUCUGCGGAAAGUCUGCAACACAGAUAGUUAAACUCCUAGGAUACAGGCGAUUUCAUGUCUAGAGCUCAGGUGGUUAGACAUCUUGAGCUCAGGCGAUUUCAUGUCAAGAGCUCAGGUGGUUAGACGUCCGGAGCUCAAGCGAUUUCAUGUCUAGAGCUCAGGUGGUUAGACGUCCGGAGCUCAGGUGAUUUCAUGUAUGGAGCUCAGGUGAUUUCAUGUCUGGUGCUCAGAUGGUUUCAGAUCUGGAGCUCAGAUGGUUUCAGGUCUGGAGCUCAGAUGGUUUCACAUCGAGCUCAGAUUGUUUCAAGUCUGGAGCUCAGAUUGUUUCUCGUCUGGAGCUCAGGUGAUUUCAUGUCUGGAGCUCAGAUGGUUUCAGGUCCGGAGCUCAGAUGGUUUCAGGUCUGGAGCUCAGGUGGUUUCACAUCGAGCUCAGAUUGUUUCACGUCUAGAGCUCAGGUGGUUAUGUCAAGAUUAGACCAAGAUCAGGGAGUGAUUUUAGUUGACAUAUGUUAGUGUGAGGUGUUAAGUGUUUGACAAGUACUAGUGUUUGGUAAGAAGCCCACCUUUGGUUUAGAAGAGACUUAACAGAUUGACCCUAGUCCCACUAUUUGUGCGAUGAUAGGAGCUGGACAAUUUAGAAUAUGUUGAAGUAAUAUGAAUAAUAAUGUUCAUAAUUGGUCAAAAUAUUAUGAAGGAUUUUCACAGCUGUAUUAUUUCACCAACUCAUGUCAUAAUGCACUACUUCAGACACAGUAGACUUGUCUUGUAAGCAAACUUAUUUCGUGCAUUUGUAUUUGUAUCGAGUUGUUAUUUCUUCAUGAGUUGCCUCCCUUAGCUGCUAGGAUCCACUUGUGGGUUUGAAUCCCAGUUUGGCCUGAUGAUGACACUACGUCUGUCUGCAUCAACCUAAUUCAUGUGGGUUUCACCAAAGUGUUAAGAUUUCUACAAAGUUCAUCACUUUGGGCCUCACAGUCAUUGCCUCCAGCACCAGCUGAACAUGGAGUGAUGGCAAUGCAAUGUUCAUACAGACAUGGGAACACCAAAAUUCAAGGCCUUUUCAAGGCUUUUAUAUAUUAAUCAGACAUGAAAAGCAGUACGAAA